AUUAAAAUUUUAAUUUUAGCAAACUUCUUGACUUUUUAAAAAACUCUGAAAUCAAGGUCCAGGAAAGCAAAAAAGACAUAAGCUGGCCAAAUGCCCAGAGGCACUUAAUAUUACUUGAUGCCCUUCCCGCACUUCACAAUAUGCCACGGCAACUUCAGUUCAGAAUCCCCCGUAAAUGGACAUCGACAAAUAUUGGAUGGAGUUCCCCCCAAUCAGUUAACAGAAUAUGAAAGUCAUCAUUAUAAGACAUUAUGUCAAUAAGUCAAGACAAAGCUAGGUUAGUGACCCAAGUAGGCCUGUGUGCACACCGGUAACACAAGAAGAUCAGUCUUUUCAAUUAAAAACCUGGAAACAUCACAGGCAGAAAAAUGGUAUAAAUUUGGGGUGCUGCUUUUGGGGUCCUCCCCCAAUAAAAUACAAAAUCCAGCAGAAAGACUACUAACAAAAACAAGAAGAAGAAAACAUUUCACUCCAGUGUUGGCUUCUCUACAUUGGCUGUCUGUAUCCUACAGGAUCAGUUUUUAAAAAAUGUGUUGUUUUUAAAGCUCUUAAUGAUAUGGCACUAUCAUACAUAGCAGAAUGUCUGUAUUAAUAAACUCCAGAUCGGGCACUAUGAUCAUCAGACUCUAGACUAUUAACAGUUCCAAGGACUUAAAAAGAACUUGCUGAAGCAGCCUUUAACGCCUUUAUUCUCCAAAACUAUGGAACACACUACCACUGCAUAUCCGACUGUCAGAUUCUGAGAGUGACUUCAAGAAACAGCUUAAAACACAGCAUUUUACUCUCUUAAAUUAAAUUAUCAUUGUUUAGAAGAAUGAAAGAUAGGGGAAGGGGAGGUGAAAUGGAGGGAAAAGUUCAGCCACUCCUACUGAAAGAAAGUUGUCACCAGAGAGAAAGAGGAAGGAGGGAUGUGGAGGAAGAAAAGAGAUAAAUCAGUUGUAUCACGGAGAGCUUCAGACAGAAAGCUGACAGAGCUCAGCAGCUUCUCGUCUCCUCCGCUUUCUGAGAAUGGAAACCCUUGAAGAAGAUGAACUUUGCUUUCCACAACUCCUCAACUCCUCCUGCAGGAAGACCAUGCGUCCUCACUCUGUAUCCAUGCUCACUUACAUUUUACUGUCCUCCAUCUCUCUGCUCACUGUGACUCUCAACCUGCUGGUCAUCAUCUCCAUCUCUCACUUCAAGCAGCUCCAGACCCCCACCAACAUCAUCCUCCUCUCUCUGGCUGUCUCAGAUUUCUUCGUGGGCCUCCUCGUGUCCUUUCAAAUUGUACUAAUAGAUGGCUGCUGGUUCCUCGGUGACCUAAUGUGUAUUGUGUAUUAUUUUUUAGACUAUAUUAUUACCUCUGCCUCUGUAGGAACCAUGGUGCUGAUAUCUGUUGACCGCUAUGUGGCUAUUUGUGAUCCCCUACAUUAUCCCACUAAAAUCACACAAAAAACAGUUACGAUCAGUGUUUGUCUGUGUUGGAUAUUUUCUGUUUUCUCUAACAUUCUGAUACUGAAGGACAACCUGGAACAACCAGGCAGGUAUAAUUCCUGCUCUGGAGAGUGUGUCUUUGUCAUUAACUACAUUGCUGGACUUGUAGAUCUUUUUUUGGCCUUUAUUGGUCCUGUCACUGUCAUCAUAGUUCUGUAUAUGAGAGUAUUUGUGGUGGCUGUGACUCAGGCUCGUGCCAUGAGGUCCCAUAUUGCAGCUAUCACUCUCCAGUGCCCAGUGACAGUAACUGCUAACAAAUCUGAAAUGAAAGCAGCCAGGACUCUUGGUGUUGUUAUUGUCGUGUUUCUAAUAUGCCUCUGUCCAUAUUAUUGUGUCACACUUACAGGCCAGGACACCUUGCUCAAUGUCUCAUCUGUUGCCUUUGUAAUGUGUUUGUUCUAUUUCAACUCCUGUCUUAACCCUGUGAUCUAUGCCUUUUUUUACCCCUGGUUUAGAAGAUCUAUUAAACUCAUUGUUACACUUAAGAUACUGCAGCCUGGCUCCUGUGACGCCAACAUACUUUAGAGAGACGCUGCAUGUUGGCGGAAAUUAGACAGACAAAUGUAUUUGACCAUGGUGGGGAGAAAUUGAAUAACCGGUGUAAAAGUCUGGGUACAGUGACCUUUGUAUGAUCACUUUUAUAUACAGAUCAUACUGUAUGUGUCUUGACAUUGUGUAGGUACAGUAUACUGUUUAAUUUUCAAUGCAAAGUGAAGCUACUUAUAAAACUACUUCUACAACUCUAACUCUUACAUUGUGUCUGUCUGCCACAAAGUUCUGUCAUGAACUGACUUUUUAUCCAGUUUAAACCACAUUUUUAUAAUACAAGUAUUAGUCCUUGGUUGUUUUUAACAUUAUCUUUUAACUGGUUGAAGGAUUCCAGUCAUCAGAUGUCUUGAUUUUUAAGUUUUACAGAGAAACAUGCUGAGCAAAUGUUUGUGACAACAAUUGUGAUGAGGAACUGUUUUUUUCAGUGUUUUUACUGGUUUUGAUUACCACGUUCAUUUGUUUUUGGGUGGAGGUAACCUCUGUGGACAAUUCAGCCCCAACUGAGCAGCCAAACUAGCACUAGUGGCACUGUACCUCAGUCAUGGUUCUCCAUUUAAGUGACUGAGAGUAAGUGGGAUUCUAUCUACCGUGAGGGCUGUGAUUCUUGCCAUCUUACCAUCACUCCUCUGAAGGCUGAACUCAGUUAGAAGAACAAGCUCAUCUUCCAGUUUUCAACUGUCACUACUGCUCAGGCUAAACAGCUUGCUGUCCUGGGCUCCUCUGGCUGCAGUAUUUGGGUCUGAACCACU